CUGAAAGCAGAUGACAUGGGUGAGAUUAACCAGACACUUGUGUCAGAAUUUCUUCUUCUGGGUCUUUCUGGAUACCCAAAGAUUGAGAUUGUUUACUUUGCUCUCAUUCUAGUUAUGUACCUAGUGAUUCUAAUUGGCAAUGGUGUUCUAAUCAUAGCCAGCAUCUUUGAUUCUCAUCUUCACACACCCAUGUACUUCUUCCUGGGCAACCUCUCUUUCCUGGAUAUCUGCUAUACAUCCUCCUCUGUUCCCUCAACAUUGGUGAACUUAAUCUCAAAGAAAAAAAACAUUUCCUUCUCUGGAUGUGCAGUGCAGAUGUUCUUUGGGUUUGCAAUGGCAACAGAAUGUCUGCUUCUUGGCAUGAUGGCAUUUGAUCGUUAUGUGGCCAUCUGCAACCCACUGAGAUACCCCAUCAUCCUGAGCAAGGUGGCGUAUGUAUUGAUGGCUUCUGUGUCCUGGCUGUCCGGUGGAAUCAAUUCAGCUGUGCAAACAUUACUUUCCAUGAGACUGCCUUUCUGUGGGAAUAAUAUUAUCAAUCAUUUCACAUGUGAAAUAUUAGCUGUCCUCAAGCUAGCCUGUGCUGAUAUAUCCCUCAAUAUUAUCACCAUGGUGAUAUCAAAUAUGGCCUUCCUGGUUCUUCCACUGAUGGUCAUUUUUUUCUCCUAUAUGUUCAUCCUCUACACCAUCUUGCAAAUGAAUUCAGCCACAGGAAGACGCAAGGCAUUUUCCACGUGCUCAGCUCACCUGACUGUGGUGAUCAUAUUUUACGGUACCCUCUUCUUUAUGUAUGCGAAACCAAAGUCUCAAGACCUGAUUGGGGAAGAAAAAUUGCAAGCAUCAGACAAGCUCAUUUCUCUGUUUUAUGGGGUAGUGACGCCCAUGCUGAAUCCUAUAAUCUAUAGCUUGAGAAAUAAGGAUGUAAAAGCUGCUGUAAAAUAUUUGCUGAACAAAAAACCAAUUCACUAA